CUUAUAUAUACACAGUUUCUCACUCUGUUUCAUCUCUCUGCACAACUAUCUCUCGUCUCUCUCUCUCUCUCACAAUGGCUAGAGCUGAUGAAGAAGCUAUAGAGACAUUCAUGAGUAUCACUGGCGUGUCUGAGCCUGUUGCCAUUCAAAAACUCGCGGACCAUGCCGGGAAUCUUAACGAGGCUAUUAAUGCUCAUUUUGCUGAGGGGGAUGGAAAUAUCACAAAUGAAGCAUCUGUUGUACCUCAAGAGGAUUUAAUGGACGUAGAUGAUCCAGUCCAACCGGAGAUACAGCGAAAUCCCUUUCCUCUGUUACAAUCUCCUGGACUUAUGAAUCCAUUCUCUCUCUUGGACCGUGAUGUCCGUAGCAGCAUAUUUGAUAGAGUUCCCAGUUUAGUAAGCAGUAUAUUUGACAGAGUUCCCAGUUCAGCAAGUCGAGCACCAUUUGUUUCACAUCCAAGAGAAGUAAGGGAAAUACCAAUCGAGGUUAAGGAUGGUAAUGAACAAUCAAGUCAUUCUGGUCACGCUCCAACCAUUCAAGAUGUUACUGGUACUGCAGAUGAUUAUGGCCCAGAGAUACAUGGGAAUGUUAUAAUUGAUGAAGAAGAUGCCGAAGAUAUUCCUAGAACUCAACGGAUUGCACCAGGUGAUGCAGGAAAUGACAGUAUCAUGGGUGGUUAUCCUGACAUUAUAAAUUCUGGACCAAGUGCUCCUGGAAUAGAUCAUAUACCUGAAUACAGUAACGACAUAGAAGAAGAAAUGAUCCGAGCUGCAAUUGAGGCUUCCAAGCAAGACACUAGAAGUGGUUACACACGUCGAAGUGAGUCCAUGUCUCAGCAAAGCCAGUCUGAGAUUAAUGACCCAGAACUAGCGCAAGCUGUUUCUUUGUCACUGAAGACAGCGGAUCAAGAGAAAGCAUCACGUGGAAUAGGAGAUAAAUUUCGAUCAUCUGAGUUGGGUAUUUCUACAUCAACUGAGGUGGAAGCUCUAGGAAAAUUAACAUCAAGUGGGAGGUUAGAGGCAGAAGGGUCUUCUAUGCGGGAUGAGAGUGACGAGGCUGAAGAUCAGCCACUAGUAAGACACCAGAUUAAUCCCAGUUCUACCUCAGCUGACACCGGGAAAGAGAUCGAUUAUACGAAACCAUCGAAUUCUCAACACAAUAAUACUAGUUCACAGCAAAACAGAAGUGACUCACAUAUGAAUGAGUGGGGAGGCAUUACAUCUUUGGAACAUGACGAAGCUGUUAUGCUUGAGGCUGCACUUUUUGGUGGUGUCCCCCAAGGAAACACAUAUCAUGUACCGUAUGCACCAGGUCAGUCCAGGAACAACGGAGUAGGUGAAACUGAUGGUUCUUAUCCUCGGCGCACACCUCAUCCACCAUCACCUUCUCUCACUGCACAAAGAUUGAUACGUGAACAACAGGAUGAUGAAUAUUUUGCAUCACUGCAAGCUGACCGAGAAAAAGAAUUAAAAGCUAGGGAGGAAGCUGAAAUUCGAAAGUUAGAGGAGCAGGUAGCUGCAGAAUCUGCUCUGAUAGAAGAAAGAAAAAAGGAAGAAGAAUUACAAAGAAAAUUGGAGGAACUUCAGAUUCCAACACUUCCUGCUAUAGAGAUGUUGGAUCCACAAUGAAAUAUGUAAAUUAAUAAAACCAUCUGUAGCAGUACUAUAUGCUACGGACUUGCAAAUUUUGCCAAGAAUCAAAUCAAACGCGAUAAUUUGGCCACCGGGUCAUUGUUAAGGUUGAUAGUGUGUCGUGUUUGCGAGGAGGAAGACUGAUUGGUUUGUUGAACACGUUCUUUUACUUUUGGACAGUAGCUGCGAGUGUCUCCGGAAGGUGAACAGCUCCCUACCUCUGUAUUUCUCUUUGUUUCCUCCUCUAAUUGAUUGCACUCCACCCAUGAACCCUCGUCUGUAAUUUCUCAAGCUCCUCAUCAUUGCUUUGAGGAAUAUCUUAGCCCUUACCAAUAACAUAUCUCCUACCUGAUUGCACAGUUUUCCCUAGUUUCACACUGCAUUACCUAGGUCUUCCAGUUUGUAGUGGCUGCACCCAAGGUCUCCAGUCUCACCAUUCCCCAAUGACACUACAAACCUGCCUGAAUCCUCUACAACUACUCAACAUCCGAACACCAGAAAAGGAAAUAAAAUUAUGGGUUGCUCUAGGACCAAUCAUGACGAUAAUCUCCCUAAUCAUCGAUAUUUCUUCUGAGUUUCAUAGUUUUCAGGUUAGAAAACCUAUGACCGAGUUGAGAGAUACUUUAAUGGACGGCUUCUCCAUUGGUGACAUGGGUGGCUCUGUAGUCCCUCCAUCCCUUUCCUUGUCAUUGUCUUCAUCGAUCAAAAUAUCACUGGGUUCCUUGCUUCUGCAACAGUGAACUAGUGACCACUUAUCAUGGCAACAAAAGCAGAUACCCCAUAUGAACAAGUUGAGACCAUAACACCUUUCUUACUAUAACCCCAUGAUAUUCCAGUUUAAUACUGCCUAGUGACUGCCUUCCUGACGUUUUUACCUUGUUCUUUUAUUCCACCAGUGUCGCCAACUCUAUGGCUUGCUCUAAAUUGAUGGGGGUUUAGGAGUCAUACCUCUUCUCCCACCUUCAAACAUUCAAACCAUUAAUGAACUGUCCCUGCCCUCAGAAAUUCUCUCUAACGGGGCUGCAGUUUCAAUAAAUCACCUCUUGUACUCAGCUGUCAUACUUUUCUGAAUGGCAGCUAACCACUUUUCAUACAGUGAACCACUGUCCGAUGGUCGAAAUUGAUAAAGCAUGACGGUUUUAAAUCAGCCCAUAACCUAAUGGGGUGGCAUUUCUGUUCCCCAUUGGUACCAAUGAAGGGCGUCCCCUUCCAAAGCUAUUUCAACAGUUUCCCACAUCUCGUUGGAACUAUAUUCGUCGACUUCAUCUCGUUGUGGAACUUCAGUUCUUCAUUGCAAUCAAGUUCAUCAUCUGCUCCUGUUAGCAUGAUUUAUAUUCCCUUCUAACUAAAUUUCCAUAGCAUCCAUGUCCUCCCCUUCGACAUUAGCCUGGAGGCUUCUACCAUAUCCCCAUUUAUCCCGAUGCUCAUAUCCUUGUCCUUCCUACCGUCCUCAUUCACUCCAUCCUCAUUUAUCCCGAUGCUCGUAUCCUUUUUCUUCCUACCGGCCUCAUUCACUCCUCCUCAUUUAUCCCAAUGCUCGUAUCCUUGUCCUUCCUACAGUCCUCAAUCACUCCAUCCUCAUUGAUCUCGAUACUCAUAUCCUUGUCCUUGCCAGCAGCAUUACCCUGAUUGUCAAAAACUACCUCGUAAUCAGAACGGUUUUUUUUUGAGUUUGUUAAGGAUUCUCUCCAGGCAAAAGCGUCUCUUACGCAGUUGAAGGAGAAAAUUAAGUCGUCGAAGAGGAAAUAUAAGUCUCUCAAAGAUUAUGAUGCUGUGUUUGACAAACCCAUGGAUAAUGCUGCUGCUAGCAAGGGCAAGGCGGAUAUGAGUAUCGAGAUCAAAGAGGAUGGAAUGAUUGGGAUUGUAGGAAGGACAAGGAUACGAGCACUGGGAUAAAUGAGGAUGGAGUGAAUGAGGCCGGUAGGAAGGAAAAGGAUACGAGCAUCGGGAUAAAUGGGGAUGGAGUGAAUGAGGAUGGUAGGAAGGACAAGGAUACGAGCAUUGGGAUAAAUGGGGAUAUGGUAGAAGUCUCCAGGCUAAUGUCGAAGGGGAGGACAUGGAUGCUAUGGAAUUAGUUAGAAGGGAAUAUAAAUCAUGCUAACAGGAGCAGAUGAUGAGCUUGAUUGCAAUGAAGAACUGAAGUUCCACAACGAGAUGAAGUCGACGAAGGAAGGUAGGAAGGACAAGGAUACGAUCAUCGGUCUUGUAUUUAGCUUGAUCGAAAAUAACUGUUUUCUUCAAAUUCUUUCCCUACUUGUCCACGUGUUUAUGUAGCGUGUCUCUACUCUGUAGCUUACACAUUGAUUCAUAUUAUUUUCCCCUUAGGAACUUGAGAGACAUUUGGCAUCUAAAGAAGCUUCUCUCCCGCAAGAAC